GAUCUCAGUGUGCAGACCUACUGAAGCAGUUGAAUCAUUACAGAAGGUGGGGUUGACUUUUUACUAUUUCUGUGCAUUCUGCAUACAUAUUUGAGACUUUUAAAGUGCAGCCAUUAAGAGUGUUGUCGUAAAACAGAACUAAACCAGGUGACUUCCCAGGAUGCCUCUGCGUCGUCGUGCCAGCCACAUGUUUGUGCUCUUAUGUGCUCUUUCCUUGUGUGUUGAGUCUGUGAAAGGUGGCACCAGCUUCCUCAGUCCUGCUCAGAAACCACAGGGUCGAAGGCCACCCCGGAUGGGCAGAAGAGAUGUUGCAGAGCCAGAGAUCCCAGUGAUUAAAGAGGAUGACCAGUUCAUGAUGAGUGCUCCGUUCGAACUGUCUGUCUCUCUGAGCGAAACAGAGUAUGAGAAAUAUGGUCCUGUUCUGCAGAAGGUUCUGGUCAAUCUUCUUAGCGAUUCCCCACUUGAAUUCUGACAAGAGCUAAAAGUUCUACAAGAUUCAGCUCCUUAUAAACCAUUAAAAUGUUUGUAAAGUAGAAAUGAUGUAAUAAUUUUCCAAAACCACAAUGACAAAAUAAAGUAU